AUGAACCUAGGUAUCCAGAUUUUAUUUAUAUUUUAUUCGAUUUUUCAGGAAGAUUUAGGGGAAUCAGAGGCAGUUACUUCAUUUUCCCACCAAUCAAAUUUUAAAAUAGAAAGUGGACAGAAGGACUCUGGUUCUAGCCUAGAUUGUCUCAGUUCUAUUGUUGAUCAGUUGCCUCUACAAUACACCCAGACUGACAGACAUGACUCCUGCUGUUCCGAUGACAUAAAUCAGUCAACUUUUCACCGAGAAGGAUCACACACCAUUUUAGAUAGACAAUCAAGAGUUAUAGAAUCAGCAAGAGCAAAAACAAAUUUGGCGGAUUUUUCCAACAGAGACAAUUUUUCGGAUACUGCUGAUUAUUCAAAUACAGUUGGAAGUUCCAAUAUGACGGCUAGAUACAAUAUACCUGAAAAAUCCAUUAUGGCCCCUAGAUACAAUAUGGCCGACAGAUCCAAUAUGACUGCUAGACGAAACAUGGCUGAUGGAUCCAACAUGGCUGCUUUAUCUCACACGGCGAUGCCUACGGCUUUUCGAAAUGAGGAACAGAGAUUUAUUAAUACAGAGGGAUCCAAUUGUGACCUACUUCAGGAUCAAAUCAACCAGCAUUCAUGUUCAGAAAGAUGGCGGAUUAGCAGACCUCAAGAAAAUAUUGAACAUCAUGAAGUUGCCUCAACUUCAUCCAUUCGGUCAUCUUACAGUUAACCCAUUCCUAAGUUAACGGGACCUACUUGAUUUCAAGUGACAUGUCCGAUUUUAAUGGUACCCUAAAAGUUUUGUCAAUAAAGAAAAUUGCUAAAAUUAGACACUUUUUUUAACUAGCAAAAUGACAAUAUCUGAUACAUUAUUGUUUCAGAUUAAAGCUUAAAUGGUGGCUUAAAGGAUACUGUUGUGAAUCGGACAUGCCCCUCCACAAAUGGAGGGUCCCUUUGAGUUAAGGGCUUGAUCUGUAUAAUAAUAUAAGAUGUAAAGUAACUGGUUUGCUAUCUCUGUAGUGUAUCUCUGGGUCCUUUAAUUCUUGUUAAUCUGACACUAACUGCUAAUUUCUUCUCUUAUAGUCCGCCUUUACAAGAUGGAAGAGAAUUGGGUGAGGAGGCGGCACUUUUACUUUAUAUCGAUUUAGAAAUUUUAGAUAAAGAUUAUUGAAUUUUUUCACUUUGAAUUAGAACAUUUUGUUGAAACCUUUUAAAAAAGAGAAUUCGAUCAUAAAAAAUAAACAUGUAACUUGCAGCAGACUCCAGUUAUGUAUUUGCGACCUGAUUGUUUAAACCUUAUGUUUAAACAUUGACAAUCAGAUUUAGCAAAACUCAUAGUUUGAAUUAUGAGAAAUCUACUCGUUGAUUUUCCAAUAUUUCAGAAUAAAGCUUUUAACUCGAAAAUUCUUCAACUCAAAAAUACAAAUUUUAGGUUUGUAGAUUGAAAAACAAAAAAUCAUGGGCUAUUUAAAGAAAAAUUUAACACCGACCAGCUUUACGACGUCCUGUACCCUAACCUAUGCAUUAGAAAAAAAGUUUGCAAAAAAAAAUCUUUACAUUAUUAUUUCUUAAAAGUCCAAAAAUGUCAAUAUAUGUGAUUAGGGCAAAAAUUCCAAAAAUAUUAGUGCUAGUGCAAAAAAUGAACCUGUUAGAGUUAACUUUUAAAAUUGAAUUUGAUAUACCAAAAUAUUUUUGUAGAACAUUGAUUAAUUAAGAAAUUUGAUACAGCAAUUUCGAAAAUAUUCUUUCAAAAUUUACAAAUAAA